AAUAAACGGUGAGAGUGGGAGGGAGGGAACAAAUAGGUGGGUCUUGUGGAAAGGGGUAUUAAUUCCUUCCCCUCGAAACCCCAAUUCUUAGAUAGGAUAGGUAUAAACCACCAAACCUUUUGGUUCCAAUUCCAAUUAGGCACACAAAAGUGGCAAAUGCUAUGCUAUGUUAUGGUGGUGAGUGAGUGAGUGGUGUGGUGAAGUUGCAUUUCCAACUUAAAUACUACAUUUGCGAAUUGCGAUUGCGCUUCACACCAAGCAGCAAUAGCAGAAGAAUCUGAUUCUCUCAUCACACCAUUCGCACUCUCCACUUGUAUCACUUCAAUCACUAUCAUCACCAUCAUGCCUAUUUAAUAACUGCACGAUGCGAAUUCCGAAGAGGCCUCUCUCAUUCCCUCUCUCUCAUUUCUCUCCUCACCUCUCUCCUUCUCGUUUGUCUUUCCGCCGUUCGUUCUCCUCCCCAAUCUGCUCCAAACCUCCUCGAUUUCUCGCUCACGCUACUUCUCCAGGAGCUAAUCAGUUGCGCGCUCAAAUGGAUGGAAACCAUGGAAUUGGGGUUCAUGACCCGAGAUCAGUGGAUUUGCCUGGCAGUCAUAGUCGCGAACGGCCACGUGUAUGGUCAUCAUCUCCUGAACAUGGGUGUAAAGCUGAUAUAGGCAAACAGAUAUUUUGUAACCGGUCAUUGAAUAUGAAGAACAUCGUUGCUGUCGGAUUUGACAUGGAUUAUACUCUGGCACAAUACAUGCCCGAAACUUUUGAAUCUCUUGCUUAUCAAGGCACAAUUAAAAAGCUGGUUCAUGAUUUGGGAUACCCUUCUGAGUUACUGAAUUGGUCCUUUAACCCGAAGUACAUGGUUAGGGGUCUGGUUCUCGACAAAAAAAGAGGCAACAUCUUGAAGAUGGAUCGUCACAAGUAUGUGAAAGUCGCCUAUCAUGGAUUUAAAGAGUUGUCAAAAGAAGAUAAAGUUGGAACCUAUGGAAAUACUUUACUACGUGAUUCUUUUGAUGAGCCAGACUAUGCUCUGAUUGAUACACUCUUUUCACUUGCGGAAGCCUACUUGUUUGCUCAACUGGUAGAUUUUAAGGAUGGCAAUCCUGGAAAGAUUCCAGAGGGUGUUGAUUAUGCUCGCAUGUACAAGGAUGUUCGAGCUGCGGUUGAUUUGUGCCACCGAGAUGGAACAUUGAAGCAAAUGGUUGUUAAAGAUCCUAAAAGGUAUAUUAAUGAAGACCUCUCGAUAGUUCCCAUGCUUGAAAUGCUCAGAGAAUCUGGACGUGCCACAUUUUUAGUGACAAAUAGUUUAUGGGACUACACAAACAUUGUCAUGAAUUACCUCUGUGGAUACAGUGCGGUAGAUGGCAGUAACAAUUUUAACUGGCUUCAAUACUUUGAUGUUGUUAUCACUGGCAGUGCAAAGCCAGGAUUUUUUCACGAGGAAAAUCGUGCCAACCUAUUUGAGGUUGUUCCUGAGACUGGAAUGCUACUCAAUACAGAUAAUGGCUCUCCUAUGGCUCAGGUGGGUAACAUCUCAGCGAGGUCAUUCGUAGAAGCCAAGAAUCAUGCUUGUCAAGUUUUCCAGGGAGGCAGUGUUGGUCAUCUGCAUAAACUGCUAUCCAUCGAAUCGAGUUCACAGGUUCUGUAUGUUGGAGAUCACAUUUAUGGAGAUAUACUACGCAGCAAAAAGGUUCUUGGAUGGAGAACAAUGCUUGUAAUCCCAGAGCUUGAGAAGGAGGUUGAACUCCUCUGGGAAACCAGGGAUACCCGUAAGGAACUUCAAUUCUUGAGGAGUGAGCGUGAUCGGAUUGAGGAUGAAAUACAUCAUAUGAAGUGGUCUCUCAAUGUGCCGUUUUUCAGAUUCAAGAAUCCAGACGCUGAUGCCAAGCAGAAGUUAUCUUCAGAACUUGAUAAAUUGGAGCUUGAAAGAGAGAGAGUACGAUUAAGUCACCAAGAUGCACAAAGAAAACUACAUCAGAAGUUUCACGAGCCAUGGGGGCAGCUUAUGAAAACUGGUUAUCAGAAUUCUCGCUUUGCUCAUCAGGUUGAGAGAUUUGCUUGCCUUUAUACCAGCCAAGUAUCUAACCUGGCCUUGUACUCUCCAGACAAAUAUUACAGACCCAGUGAAGAUUUUAUGCAGCAUGAAUUUGGCAUUCUGGCUUUUGAGCCAGAGAAAAUGGAAGUUUAGGAAUUCGGGGCAGCAUUCCUUUGGGUUGGAAAGCUGAAUCCUGCUGUCAAGUGUUCCUGGUUCCUAUCUUCUUUUUGUUUUGUCCCCCUCCCCUCCCCUCAGAUAGCUCGCUUUAGUGAUUAAAAGCGCUUAAAUGAUAUUUCAAACGUCUGCUACAGGGGGAAAAAGAUACCAGAUAGCUUGUUUACAGAAUUUAAAAAGGGCUAGUAUGCUACUUAGUAGCAAUUACAGCAAUUACAGAAUUUAAGUUUCUUCUCUGAAUACACUUUCAGAUGUUGAGUUAGAAUGCAAUUGGAAUUGUGUAUAUGAGUUUACAUUGAUGUAUUCACCAAUUUUUCUGAUAAAUCGUCAACAUUUUUUAUUCUAUA